CUGAAUACUCCGUGGGAAUUGCUAAAUGAGUCGCAACAUGCUGUGGAUGCAUCUCCAAAAGGCACGUUCCAUCGGUUCGUAUCCCAGGGGAAGGGGGGGUACUGCACGCAACACGGCGUGGUGCUACUGAAUAUCCUUCGUGCUUUGGGGUAUUUCGCCUUUUCAUGCGCCGCCCGCGUUUAUGUGCACAAUGACCAGCUGGGCGCACCGAACCACAUGUCUCUCAUCGUCUCACUACCUUCCCCCCUUGACAGUUCUAGAUCCCUCUACCCUGUAGAUGUUACUAUCCUCCGUCCGCUCCUCCGGGAUGGACAUAUUGAGAGCGGGAUGGGGGGAGAAGAGCACAGAAUCAUUCGGACCAGGCAUGUUGGAUCAUCCUUUGAGGAAGCUGAAGAUGGUCAUCUAGAUGAAGAAUGGGGGGCAGCACAAGUCCUUUGGACAUUCCAAUCGAGACAACUUCAACUUGUCACUGCGGAAGAUGGAGGGUGGAAAAAUGAGCAUGCGAUAGCGCCAUUGGAGUGUGUUCAAGAAGAUUUUAAUGCAAAGAAUUUUAUUACAUCUAAAAAUCCAGAAGGUUUCUUUGUCAGAGAUCGUUGUUGCUCAAUUCUUCCUCUCUCCAUCCUCUUCCUCAUGGUCCCCAUCUCCAAGUCAACAUCCAGACCGCUACCCUGUCGACCCUACGCGUAUCGGGAAACAUAUCAUAUUCAGAGGGCGAUACAGCAUUCGCACUGGCACUUCUCGGGACCGCAAUGAUAUCGUGCCCGAGUUUGCUUCCGAAAUAGAGCGAAUCCGG